AUGAACAUUCACUACGGUGUGGACAUUGGCAGGAAGACUGCUGAGGAGAAGAAGGCCGCAGAGGCCAAGGAGGCGGCCGCUGAGGACCCCAAGGAGGGCUCCAACCAUGUGAAGCGGAAGUUCAAGGAGCGCACCCGCGGCCGCAAGCUGGACACCCACCUGGCGGAGCAGUUUGCCCUGGGCCGCCUGCUGGCCUGCAUCAGCAGCCGCCCCGGGCAGUGCGGGCGCUGCGACGGGUACAUCCUGGAGGGCAGGGAGCUGGAGUUCUACACCCGCAAGAUGCAGAAGAAGGCCAAGAAGCACGCCUAG